GACAAUUCCCCCUCCUUAAUGAAAGCAGGGAUUGGAUUGCUAGGGAAGGGAAGGGGAGUUGAGUCAAGCAUUGAAGUACUAGUGGCUACAAGCUAGCUAAGUGUCCUUUUAAAGCAGAUAUAAACGAAUGUUGUGUUUAGAUUCAUUAAACUUGAACGCAAGUACCUUCACCGGUAAUCUGCGGGACUCGGGGAAGCCCGGUUAAGUUUUAUAUCCUAAAACCAGGCAGUUCCCGCACAUCGAGCGGGAGGCUGGUCAAGUUAGCUGCUAACAUUAGCUAGUAGUGUUAGCUACCUAGUAACUGUUAGUACGAGUAAAAACCAGGAGAGAGACGAAGAGGGGUGGUACGCUAAGUAGUAUGUUACCCUCAAAAUCAAACUUCAACUAGCUGGUUUCCGAGGAAACUGAGCUUUGGGAAAUCGAAUCGGAGCCAGAAAGUAUGAUCUACUUAAGGAAUCGCAAGUCAGCUGCGAUAUUGGUGUUGGUGGAGCCGAAUCGCUUGUGUGGCAGUGGUUCAGUGUCCCGCGGACGGUCCUGUUCAGUGCCAUGGAGACGUGAGGGCUUCUUUUUCCUCCUCUUGCUCCAAGCAGCCGUCUGCCUUGCGAAUCCAAGCGUCCCCGGUAUCAGCAGCAACGGACCCGGUGUCAACGUCUUUAUGAGCGAACAGGAGGUGAAGAAGUUUUUGGGUCAGGACGCUGAGCUGUACUACGUGAGGGACGACGUGGUCAAUCACUACGCCCUGUCCUUCAUUAUGCCCGUGCCCAUCGAUACCAACAGCCUGCAUUUCACCUGGCACUCCACGAAAAAGGUGGACUACAAGCUGGGCUUCCAGGUGGACAACCCUGCCGCUAUGAGCCUGCCCAAGAGCAGCGUACCAGCUCAGGGGGAGGUACCUCGGAGCCGUUCAGUGUUCCAAGUGGAUCUCUUCUGUUCCGGAAAAAUGGACGCCGAGGUCAUCGUGACUAUGCAACUCAACCUGACCAUCCACGCCAACAACUUCACAGUCCUUAACUUCAAGAGGAGGAAAACGUGCUACAAACGACUUGAGCAACCGGAUCCCAAGGUCCCAGCGUUCCCCAACAAGACCCUGAACAGGCCCAUGUUUGAGAGCGUGAACGCGGCCCCCACCACCUCCACCCGGGUCUUCUACAUCAGCGUGGGGGUGUGCUGUGCCGUCAUCUUCCUCGUGGCCAUCGUCCUGGCGGUGCUCCACCUGCACAGCAUGAAGAGGGUGGAGAUGGACGACAGCGUGAGUGACAGCGAGAGCUCCCAGGGCCUGUCUCAGCCGUCCACCCAGAUCACGCAGUACCUGAGGGCGGACACGCCCAACAACGCCACCCCCGUCACCAACAGUCAGCCUGGUUCUGCACCCAUCCUCCAUCUCGCUGCUGCCUCCUUCCCCAACCCCGGCGCCCCCUCCCACGAAACCAAAAUCUACCCUUCGCUCCGUAUCGAAAAGAACGACCUGAGGAGCGUCUCGCUGCUGGAAGCCAAGACGAGGGUCAAAGACAUCGCCAUCUCCAGGGAGAGGGUGACACUGCGAGACGUCCUGCAGGAAGGGACGUUCGGCCGCAUUUUCCACGGCUUUCUCCUGGACGAGAAGGACCCCAGCAAGGAGAAGCAGGUGUUCGUCAAAACGGUGAAAGACCACGCCUCAGAAGUCCAGGUGACGAUGAUGCUCACCGAGAGCUGCAAGCUGCGUGGCCUACACCACAGGAACCUGCUUCCCAUCAGUCACGUGUGCACGGAAGACGGGGAGAAGCCCAUGGUGCUGCUGCCCUACAUGAGCUGGGGGAACCUCAAGCUCUUCCUGCGGCAAUGCAAGCUGGCUGAGGCCAACAACCCUCAGGCCAUCUCCCAGCAGGACCUGGUUCACAUGGCCAUCCAGAUCGCCUGCGGGAUGAGCUACCUGGCCAGGAGAGAGGUCAUCCACAAGGACCUGGCCGCAAGGAACUGCGUGAUCGAUGACAGCAUGCAGGUGAAGAUCACGGACAACGCGCUGGCCCGGGACCUCUUCCCCAUGGACUACCACUGCCUGGGGGACAACGAGAACCGGCCGGUGCGCUGGAUGGCCCUGGAGAGCCUGCUCAACAACGACUUCUCCAGCGCCGGCGACGUGUGGGCCUUCGGAGUCAGCCUGUGGGAGCUGAUGACCCUCGGGCAGACCCCCUACGUGGACAUCGACCCCUUCGAGAUGGCCGCCUACCUGAAGGACGGUUAUAGAAUAGCACAGCCAAUCAACUGCCCAGAUGAGCUGUUUGCAGUGAUGGCGUGUUGCUGGGCCCUUGACCCCGAGGAGAGGCCUAAAUUUCAGCAGCUGGUGCAGUGCCUGACGGAGUUCCACGCCGCUCUGGGGGCCUACGUUUGAAAUCCGGUCCCAGGAUUUCCCAGGACGAACGAAGCUGUCUGACAGCGCUACCCCAGCUGAACACGCCUUCGCCAAUAUCGUGCCUUGCUCAAGAAAAACUUUCAUAAGUUUUCACUUAAUUUUUAUUUUUUUUUUUUUUUACAAAACCAACUCCUAAUCCCAGUUAAGUUUCUGGAAUUUUCUUGGUUCAGACAAAGCCUCUGAAGGGAAAAGCUGUGAUUGCCUCAAGGUCGAAUCGAGGAUUUUACCGUUCAAAGACAUUUCGAUUGCCUGCGCCAAAUGCCGCAAGUGAAAAACGAUCUGUUCCUGCUGGAAAAGACGUCGCGACGAUGCCAAUGGCCCGCUCGCGUGAUUGCACACUUCGUCUUUUAUAAAACUUUGCCUUUUAUAAGAAAAGUUGCAGCGCUUUUAUUCCCUAAUGUUUCGCUUUUGGAUUCACACUUGCAGAAGCUGGGCUGUUUUGUACAGAGACUUUAAAAAUAUAUAUACAUAUAUUGUACAGUUUUGUGUAUCUUGGAGAAAAAAAAAAAAACUUUUCUCGUUGAUUUUAGAUGUGAUGUGUUCUGUGAGAGAAUGACUCCAGGAUUUUGACCUCAAUAACGUGCCAAAGCCAAUAGAAAAUGGCAUGUUUACUGUGAGCACAGAGCUUUAUUUCACCCCACUGCUGAAAGCACAGGUCAGAUAUUUCUCGUGAUUGACUAGAAUGGGUUUCUGGCCAGAGGACUGCAGUCAGUCUCUGAGGAAGAGUAAGAUGUGUUCUGGCUUCUUUUUUUUUUUUGAAUCACGCAACAAUAGUUUCACCAGAGAUUUGAACCUGAUAAAUCCUGAUACAUUUCCUUGGAUUCGAGCCCUGUUGGAGUACUGUCACCCUUGGUAACACAACAUGCCCAAAUAUCUGCGCAAAAAUUGGGAAGAGAGCCUGGGACCGUAUAUAUAUCCUUUGAUUUUGAAGAGGCAUACCCAGAGAGAGGCAUUCUCAGUUGGUUUAGUAUGUGCAAAUGCUCUUAUGCUCUUUUCCCAUGCACCCGGACAUUGUUCAUAGCUAGGGCCACAAGUUUGUCUCCACCAUGUGACCUGCAGGGAUUUAAACUUGUAUUUCAAUGGUACGGUCAAGUAUGAAAACAAUUAGUUGAUCUAUUAUGGUGAAUCAGGCAUAUCUUUGAGCCCCUGGACCUCACUCCUGGUCCUGGAGAGCCACAGGGAUUGCUGGCUUUUGUUGUUACUCAGUGCUUGAGUAACACAGCAACUGAUCAGUUUAAGCAUUACAGUUAACUCGGGUCACCUGGUUUCUUGGGUCUGACUCAGCCAGCAGACUCUGUGGCUCUCCGGGACUUGAAUUGAGUAUCACUGUAAUAAAAAUAAAAAUGCAUCCAUAUAAAGCAGGUUUUUGUUUGACCGAGCACAAAGACACCUGAUUCUACUUAAAGUCUUGAUUGAAGACCAUGAUUAGUUAAUUCGUUGAAUCAUUAAUUUAUUUUUUCAUUUAACUUUUUUGUGCAAGUUAAAUGUUAUAUAACUGCUUUCAUUUCUUCAAAGAAAAUCUAACAUGCCCCUUUUUUACGACUUUUAAAAAUACUGUAGUACAUCUGAUAGCAAUAAUCACACUGAACACGAGUGUCGCUUGUAAACAUCGUUGGAAAUCAUUGCCUGUGCUUAAUUAGUAGCAAUUAUUUUAUCAAUUUAGAUUACUGAGGUAGUGCAAAUGGGAUAAUUGAGAAGGGGCUUGACAAAGAGGCUAAUGACCACUCGCUGGCAGAGGACUGAAGUACCAUGCGAGAAAACAAGAGGAGACAAACUGGUGGCUCUAUUCAUUGCUAAUGGUUGGUGUUGGCAAAUAAGCAGAACCAGCAUUGACUUUUUAUUCCUUUGCACAUACAGUAGUGCUUGGGGAUAAAGCUACUGCAUAAUUCAUCUCUUCAUCAGUCACACAGUGCAAAAUAUGAAAAGUACUGAAUUAACAGCCUCAGAUGUAUGACUUCCCAAGAUUUUAUUUUGGCUGUAGGUCUCUAUGACGUCUCUGAACAUGAUACCUCAAUGAAAGGGUUUUAUUAAGUCUUGAAUCGGUAUGGUACGUAUUAUUAUGCAGAUUAAACCGGUAUUUCAGGCAAGUCUUGUAAGUAGUUGUGAAUUACAUGUCAAUAAUGUUUAGGAUUGAAGCUUCUCCUGUACUCCUGCAUUUCUUCAGUGACACAGCCAGCUUUCCGAAUGCCAGCACCACAAGCUAAAGUCCAACACAUCUAAUAGUUAGACACAUUUUAGUGCUCUCCCUUUCUGGUGAAAAAAGAAAUGCGGAAGACCAAGCUUUUGGUCUUUUCGAAACCUGCUGUCGAACACCGAUUGCUCAUUUUACAUGUCGGCACUAUUGCAUUUGCACACUGCCUCUCUGCCUCUGGCUCAUUACACUCAACAAACCUUUGAGAUAUUCAGUUGAAAUAUCCGCUCAGUUGUGAAUUAUCCGGUGUAGUUUUGCAGAAUGGAGUGCGGAGAACAGGUGCAGACCUGAAACUUGGACACAUGGAUGUCACUUGAUGAAAUUCAGCUGGACUUAAAAGGCUUUGUCUGAAGAUCUGCCUCCCCUUAUAUCUGUAUUGCAUCAUUUGCUGUGAUUUUUCCCAUUGACAAUCCCCGAUAUAUAUAUAUAUAUAUAAACACAGGGUUUUCAGUUAGAGGUAAUUCUUGAGAUUUGUGGUCAGGGUGCUCCACCAGUUCACAUGGUUUUUCAUUAAUUUUUUGUUUUCCAUAACUAUUUGGGGUAAUGCCAUAAGCCCUCUGAUUGCUGUUGGCCUUUUAUGCCCUUUUCAACAGGAAAAGGGGCUUAAGGAUGAUACACGUUUGCUCAUGUUGACAUUCAUUGCAGUCACUGAACAUGUGAGAAUUUGUCAUGUAAAAGUAAGCUGGGGUGGGGUGGGGAUUCAAGGAAGUACUGAGCAGUGAACUCGUCCUUGAUCUCACUCGACUGAUUCAUCUCCCAUUUGAAAAAAAAAUUAAAAAAUUGUUUUAAAGUAUUAUCUUAGAUUGGGCAUACACAUGUAUAUCGGAUUGUUGAAUACUCAGUAACCCACGAAAUGCUAUGGAGGACACGAUUGCUAAAGAACCCAUACUCUGCUUAUUGGUCAGCAAUGAAUACAAAUAGUCCUGCAACUUGAUUUCAUCUUUUAGUGUCAAUGAUGGCCAGAAACAUAAACGCGUCAUAUCUUAACCUGUGUGCUAUUAGCGAAGUGCUGAUUCAGAUCACAUUUCGCCGCCUGCAUUUAAAAGCACACAAAAAAUGAAAGUGAAAAUGAAAACUUGACACUCCUGGAGUAAAAUCAUGUUCUUUCUUACAGCUCAAUAUUCAAAAUAAUUCUUUUGUCAGCAGUUCUAUGGCAGUUACUUGUGAUGUCACUGAAGUGCUGGCUGCAGCACUGGUAUUAAGGCACCAUUUCUAUACAGAAAAGUUGAGUCUAUGCUUCACAGAGCUUGCAUAUGUUUGAAUGGACCUUGCGUUCCAGACUUUCAGGGUUUACACAACAAUUGCAUGUAAUCUGACAGGUACUGUACAAAAUCUGUAAUGAAAAUGCACAAAUUUCUAGGUGAUCUUUUCAGACUUGGACCAUUGUGGAGCAACCAGGGUAUGCCACUUCAGCUCUACCUGUAUAUUUUAUUUUUUAUUUGUAUUACUGUAAAAAAAGAGAAUUAUUCUUUGGCUUAGCAAGGCUGUAUGUUUAUGAGGUAACCCAAAAUUCCGUGGGAGGUGAUCUGUAUCAUCAGGUGACCGUGGUGACUUGUGAUGAUUGCUUUUGUUGCUUGGGUUCUUAAAUUGUGCCAUACGAACCAUUGUUAAUCAUUAGAGUUCCCUUAGAUGGUAACAGUUUGCUUUUGUCCAAAAAUCUACAUGAGCACUUGAAAAGUUUAAAGUCUAAUUUAUUAAGCGCGACAAAUUUCUCAGCCAUGCAGUCUCUAAAACCUUGGAUACCCUGAAAGAUUCUUUUUGCAUGUUUCUGCUGCUAAAUUGGUACAAAUUGGUAAAAAGAAAUCAGUAAAUCCAGACUGUGUACUUUUAAAAUGUCAGCUUUGUUAAAACUUUGUCACUGAAUGUUUAUUGAACAUACAAUAAUAAAGCAAUCCACCAACCUGUCUAUAUAAA